AGUAUCACCGUCAGCACUUGCACCACCACCAGUUCUUUUCAACUUUAAAACUUUCACAGUCAAUUUAUCCCCAAACAGAAAACCGUAACACUUGUACGGCUUUGUUUAUAUUUGUCAGUUUAGUGGCCGGUCCGUUCUAUGUGUGUGUGUGUUAUGGUGGCUCACUGAUUGAUUGAUUUCUUCCCGAGUGAUUGAGAGGAUUCAGUGUGUGUGUGUGUCUAUACUGUUAACGGAUUUCUUAUCUAAUCAACUCACAACCCAAUCAAAGAGAAUGCGCUGUCACUGGAUCAGCAGUGUCUUAUUCCUGGCCGUCAUCACCAUUCCACAAUUCGCUUCGUCCACUUGGUGGUUUUUGAGCAAAUUUCAACUGGGCACGGCGGCUAAUCCGCGGAUGUAUUGCGAUCACAUUCCGGGCAUGGAGCGGAAGCAGAGACGACUCUGCCAGAAGCAUCCGGAUCACAUGGUCCAGGUUGGCGAGGGAGCCGCUACCGGAAUCAAAGAGUGCCAAUUCCAAUUCCGCCAGCACCGAUGGAAUUGUUCCACCAUCGACAGGGACGCCACCGUCUUUGGCAAAUCCCUGGUCAAAUCCGGAAGUCGAGAAGCGGCUUUUGUGUACGCCAUCAGCUCGGCCGGCGUGGUCCAUUCGAUCUCUCGGGCCUGCAACCGCGGCGACCUAUUGAACUGCGCCUGCGACAAGACAAGACUGGGCAAGCACCACGACCAGCAAGGCGAAUUCGCUUGGGGCGGAUGCUCCACCAACGUCCGCUACGGCAGCAAUUUCGCCCGUCAGUUCAUCGAUGCCCGCGAGCGCAAGAUGAGAGACUCAAGAGCCUUGAUGAACCUCCACAACAACCGAGUCGGUCGAAAGGCUCUUCACAAAUUGAUGAGGCACCAAUGCAAAUGCCACGGAGUGUCGGGUGCCUGCAACGUCCGCACUUGCUGGACGACACUUCCGGAAUUCCGCGAAGUCGGCGCUUACCUGAAGGAGAAAUACGACGCCUCGCUGGAGGUCAGCUCCGACCCGUCGGGCACGACGCUCAUCACGGCCGACCAUCUCAACGACAACCGCAAGAGUCUCAAGACCAAUCCGCCGCAAGUUCACGAUCUCGUCUACCUGGAACACUCGUCCGAUUACUGCUCCUUUGAUCCCCUCACUGGUUCGAUCGGGACGGCCGGAAGACCGUGCAAUAAAACCUCGAAGGGGAUCGACGGAUGCGAUUUGCUGUGCUGCGGACGCGGUUACGACACGAGGCGAGUGCUGGUGUCGACGCCGUGCAAUUGCACGUUCAAGUGGUGCUGCUCGGUCGAGUGCAAGACGUGCACCCAGUGGAAGGACGAGCACUUUUGCAAGCCGCUGCAGUCGUUUGAACUCAACAAAUUCAACGCCACCAAACAGCAGCAGCAGCAGCAGCAGAAGAAGAAAUGACACAACCGACCGACAUUUUUUGAAAAUUUUGACUAGACAAAAAACAAAAGAAUAAUUUCCAGAUAUUAUUAUGUUAUUAUGAAGUAUUUCUUCUUUUUUUUUUCUUUACCUUUGUCUCGGUGAGCGCAUUGAUGUACA